AUGCACCAGAUUGGUGUAAAGGCUCUCACUGAAGUUGAAGUUAUCAUCCUCUACUUUGUCUUGAGUAGCCAAAUUUUUAGGAUGUUUGUCCACAUGAUCAGAGCCAGGAAGAUUUUAUUAAUUGGCAAGCUUAAAGGUUGCAGUAUCCUUGCUAUUGCAGAGGAAUUGCCAGACAAUGGCAAAAUCUUUGCCUGUGCAGAAGAGCCGUACCUCGGAGUGAACAGCCAGGAGGCAUUUGAUUAUUCCUCAGAUGGCAAAAAGAUAAGCAUGCGAGUGGGACCAGUGGCAGAUACCUUGGAGGCAUUACAUGCUGAGGAUGAGCACUUUGAUAUAGUCUUUAUUGAUGCUGAUCAAAGGAAUGCUGUUCAGUACUACAGCUUUGUCAUGGAUAACCACUUGCUGAGCAUGGAUGCAGUGAUCUGCGUAGAGAAUACACUCAUGAAAGGACAAGUCUACCUGGAGAAUGUAUCAGAUGAAAAUAGUGGACUGAGCCUGAUCCGAAGGAGCCCUGUGCCUCCAGAUGCAGUGAUUGAGUCCAAGAUGGAAGUGGUGAAGGAUGAUGUCUUCUGGGGCUGCAGCCGGCGCCGCAUCCUGGAGCGGCUGCGCUUGGACGGCAGGGUGGCCUACGUCACAGGAGGAGGGCAGGGAAUUGGCAGGGCCUUUGCCCACGCCCUGGGGGAAGCUGGGGCUAAAGUGGCUGUGGUGGAUCUGGUCCUUGCCAAGGCAGAAGCGGUGGCAUGUGAGCUCAGCCUCAAAGGCAUUAAAAGCCUUGCCCUGGCAGCAGAUGUAAGCAAGCCUGAGGAUGUGCAAAGGAUGGUGGAUGCAAUCGUGGCUCGCUGGGGCACAGUCCACAUUGCAUGCAACAAUGCAGGAAUCAAUCUGAACUCUGCAAGUGAAGAGACUUCCCUGGAGGAAUGGGACAAAACUUUUAAUGUUAAUUUGCGAGGAUUAUUUUUGUGCUGCCAAGCUGCAGGCCGCAUUAUGCUGAAUCAAGGAUAUGGAAAGAUAAUUAACACAGCAUCUAUGGCAAGUUUAAUAGUCCCUCACCCACAGAAGCAGUUGGCAUACAACGCCUCCAAAGCUGGGGUCGUAAAAUUAACACAGACAUUGGGAGCCGAGUGGAUUGACAGAGGAGUAAAAGUCAACUGCAUUUCCCCGGGCAUCGUUGACACGCCGCUGAUCCGCUCGCGGGAGCUGCGGCCGCUGGUGCGGCGCUGGCUGGCUGACAUUCCGGCCGGGAGGCUGGCCCAGCCCACGGACCUGCAGGCUGCCGUGGUCUACCUGGCCUCCGAAGCCUCCGACUACAUGACAGGCCACAACCUGGUCAUCGAGGGUGGCCAGAGCCUGUGGUGAGAGGCGUCCUGCUGUCUCCAUUCUCACGGGCCUUGGAAAGUGCAUAUUAGAGUUAAGCUGACUCCCAGCUUUGGCUUGUGUGACUAUGUGGCCAGCUAAUAUGAAAUUAUUGUUUUCUUCAUUCAGGUGUUAAUUUGGAGACUUGUGUAAUGCACAAGCAGAAUAAGGCAAAAAAAAGGGCAAUCUUUCAGUUUUCCAGCAUUUUCGUGUUUUUCACUGUGCAGUCACAUUUCUGUUAAAUUAGUAUUUAAUGAUAUAAAAGUGCAUUUACUGCAGUGAGAUUUGGCUAUUAUUUAAGUUUAACAGGGGGCAUUUUUAAAGCAAUCAAUAUUAGCUGGUCUGUGUAGUUUAUUGUUC